UAUAGCUCGACUGCAGCCAGGGGCUGUGAUGAUCAGCAGCAAACAGUCCAUGCUGAGAUUGUGACAGCAAAUUUCACAAAGCGAGAAGGACAAACAUGAGGUGGAAGCAGCCUGAGCACAUUCACCAGUGGGUGGUGUUCUUCCUGCUGUACUUCAGAGGCGUGGCGACCACCAAGCUGCUCUCAGUAGCUGCACGGUGCACAGAGGCAGCAACAUUACCCUGUACAGCGAGGAGGCAGGCGAUGCUAACAUACCGAUCUGUCAGCUGGUAUAAGGUAGAGGAGGCCACGCUGAGCGGAAUUAUUCGGAAGACUGGAAGUAAAUCUGUUCGUUACAGGGAUUUCAAUGGGAAUGUGACCAUUGAUGAGAACGACUCACUCAUACUAGCUCAGGUGACGGAAGGGGAUGCUGGGAUAUAUCGCUGCUCCCUGCUUGCCCCACUGGGGGGUAAGAAUCAGGAUGGAGAAGUGACCCUUUCAGUGUGUUUACCCCCAGACCCAGUGACAGAGCCUGCAUUGACCUCGCUGAGGAUGACUAUCACUGUGUCACCAGAUCAUUCUCUGUCAGCUGUCUGCCUCUGUGUACCAGUCACUGUGCCCUUCCUCGCUUGCCUAGGCUUUGUGGCAGUGUUAAACAUGGUCAAAGGUCUGGCCUGUUACUGCUCUCUCUGGAUUUUCAGAAAGGUGAUGUGUGCAUAUCAGGAGACUCCAGAAGCUGGAGGGAAUGCGGAGGAGUAUUUAGUACAAUCCCUGAGGGAACACAUCCACAGGGUUUCUCUAGAGAAAAAUCAGAGGAAUGUGAGAGUACAAUCACGGCUGGAUGGCUCGGUCCUUUCUGUGUGGGCAGUGGGACGAGUCUGACACAGGCAGGAGCAGGGACGGGCCUCUUCUCUCUCUGUCCCUGCAUUGGCUCCUCUCGGAGCCUCUCCCUGCCACUUUGGUCCAUUCAAUCAGGAAAGCACAGGGUCACAGUGACCCACAGGUCUAAGGGGAGGACUCACACUGAGGCCAAAUCCCACUAUCAAUCCACCAAGGAGCAUUGAAACAAGGUGAGAGAACUGUUUCAGACCUACAUUGAGUAGGUCACUGGUUUUACCAGACAGGGAGUACAGAGCCCCCCUCCCCCCUCACUGGGUAAAUAUACCUCAUUGUGCACCGUGCUCUCACUGGAUAUUGAAAACCUACAAGGUACAGAGCAUUCAUUGGGCAGAAAGCACCCAACAGGACACAGGGCUCCCACAGGGUAUGCAGCACCCAUUGCGAAUUGGACACUAAAUGUGUGCAGGGUGCACCUAUGAGCUACAGGGAAGGAUACUGGCUGCUGAUUCACUGUUACCCAUUUCGUACGGAGUUAUAAGGCUAAACCCUGCAGAUGUACAAGGUUAAAGAAAGGGGAGUGGGAUCAAUCAGAUUGCUAUUGUAGAAGGAAUACUGCGUCCAGUUCUGGUCGCCCUAUUAUAGGAAAGAUGGGGAUGCUUUGGAGAGGGUUCAGAGGAGGUUUACCAGGAUGCUGCCUGGACUGGAGGGCUUAUCUUAUGAAGAGAGGUUGACUGAGCUCGGUCUCUUUUCAUUGGAGAAAAGGAGGAGGAGAGGGGACCUAAUUGAGGUAUACAAGAUAAUGAGAAGCAUAGAUAGAGUUGAUAGCCAGAGACUAUUUCCCAGGGCAGAAAUGGCUAGCACGAAGGGUCAUAGUUUUAAGCUGGUUGGAGGAAAGUAUAGAGGGGAUGUCAGAGGCGGGUUCUUUACACAGAGAGUUGUGAGAGCAUGGAAUGCGUUGCCGGCAGCAGUUGUGGAAGCAAGGUCAUUGGGGUCAUUUAAGAGACUGCUGGACAUACAUAUGGUCACAGAAAUUUGAGGAUGCAUACAUGAGGAUCAAUGGUCGGCACAACAUUGUGGGCUGAAGGGCCUGUUCUGUGCUGUACUGUUCUAUGUUCUAUGUUCUAUGUUCUAAGGCAAAUGGUCUCCAAAUCUCUUGUUGCCCAAUCUGAGUGAGACUGCAUCCUGUUCUCACCAGAAAUGAAGCAACUUCGAGAGAAUUACUGAGAAUUAAUGAGGAAUGAAUAAGCUAACAAUGCAAAGUUAAAAUUUUUGUUAAAAGCCUUACUGUUACACAAUGAGUUGGAGCCUGUGCUCUCUGAUUUACUUGACGCUAUGUGAAUAAUAAUAAAAACCAUUAUUUUAGACUACA